AGAAGGAGGAGAGGAGGAAUGAGGGAAGGUAAUGAUGAUGAGAAGGACGUGGGUACGAGUUCAAGGUUGUAUAGAUGGUUGGCAAACUUUCAUAGGGAUAUGUUGGCUGCAGCAGUAAUGGGGGGAGUGGUUCACACUAUUGUGGCUCCGAUUGAGAGAGCCAAAUUACUUUUGCAGACGCAGGAAAGCAAUCUCGCGAUUGUUGGUGGUGGUGGCCAGCGCAGGUUUAGAGGCAUGUUGGAUUGUAUUGUCCGGACCGUUAGGGAGGAGGGUAUCCUAUCUCUAUGGAGGGGUAAUGGAAGCAGUGUUCUCCGCUACUAUCCCUCUGUUGCCCUUAAUUUUUCCCUCAAGGACCUCUACAGAACCAUAUUAAGAAGUGGUAAUCCUCAAGAUCAUCCUCUCAUGUCUGGUGCUCUUGCUAACUUCAUGGCUGGGGCUGCAGCUGGCUGUACAACACUGAUUAUCAUCUACCCACUUGAUAUUGCUCAUACACGCUUAGCAGCAGAUGUAGGAAAGACUGAAGCUCGUCAAUUCAGGGGCAUUUGGCACUUCCUCAGUACCAUUCGCAGGAAAGAUGGGAUCAAGGGCAUCUACAGCGGCCUUCCUGCCUCUCUACAUGGGAUGAUCAUCCACCGUGGCAUUUACUUUGGGGGCUUUGACACUCUAAAAGAGAUGAUGUCUGAAGAGUCUAAACCUGAAUUGGAAUUGUGGAAGCGUUGGGUGGUUGCCCAAGCUGUCACAACGUCGGCAGGCUUGUUAUCUUAUCCAUUAGAUACUGUAAGGAGGCGAAUAAUGAUGCAAUCUGGUUUGGAGAAGCCCAUGUAUAAGAGCACCCUGGACUGUUGGAGGAAGAUUUAUAGGACGGAAGGUGUUGCUUCCUUCUACCGUGGUGCGCUUUCAAACAUGUUUAGGGGAAUUGGGGCUGCUGCGAUCCUGGUUUUGUAUGACGAGAUCAAAAAAUUUAUUAAUUGGGGUGGGUUGUAGCUAAAAAGUGAGAUUCUAUCAAUUGGAUCAUGCUGGCAGCAGCAUUAACCAAAUGAAAUUGAGAAUAUUUGUGGCUUGGAAGGCUUUCAGGAUAUGCUUAUGGGGCUAAUUGCCAGCUUAUGCGGAAUGCAUACGAUAUGAAAUGUAAUUGUCAGUUUUCCAGUUUGAGGUUCCAUGGCAAUUAAAAUUUCCUAUUGAGCUCCCAUGGCAAUUUUCAUGUCCUUCCUCUUAUUGACAAAUAAA